CUGCCCACGCGGCCCUGGACUUACCCAGAUCAAUGGAGAGGGCGGGCGAUCUCUGCUCAGCCAGGGGCCGAUUCAAACUGAGGGAGGUGGGGAUUGGCUGGGUCCGGCCGAGAGAGGAAGUCACGCUGUGAUAGGCACAAGUCUUGUGAUUGGCAGGCAGAAGGCCCCGUGUCAUAUUUCCAUUGAGAAACGUGGUUUAGAUGAAGGAAUCGUAAAGAUUGGAGGAGCUGUCCUAUUCGUAGAGAUUGUAAUAUCCGGUGAGAAGUAGGAUUUACGUGAGGAGCAACUGUGAGAUGCGCUUGCAAGGCAGAAUUUGCGCACCUGGAUGGAAUUAAAAAUUAAUUGGCCAACAUCUCAGGCCGCAAGCACUAGAGAUCCUCAGGAGGCCGAGUUUUGGUAAUCUAACUCCCUAAACCACAAAUAAAAGAGCUGAAUUUAACGGCGCAAAACUCGUAAAACUGAUGAUUGAACGACAUGACUAUUUUCCAAUGGAAAUGAAUUAAGGCUAGGUUGGGUGGCGCGCUCCGUAGCGACAGACACGCCUUUAGACCAAUCAUCAGGCCAAUUUCAGUAAAUAGGCGGGCCCUUGGUUGAAUGACAGAUGGAAAGAACCAGUGAGCGACGUAAUCUGUGAGCCUCGGCCAACCGGGAGGGUGGGUCCCCUGGAGAAGCUCUGGGAGGCGGGAAGAGGGGAAGUGGGCGGAUCUCCGCACAUCCCGGCGGAAGAGGCAGAUUCAGGAAGCCAUUACGCAGCUGGCUGGCAGCGGCUGAGCGAGUCGGAGCUGGGCCCUACGCAGUUUGCGUAACGAGGGGGGUUACCAAAGGCCUGGUGCUUGGCCUUGGACAAGCCCAGCCUAUCCUCUGUAGGAGGGGGUGGGUGAGGAGCGAGGCUAAGGGAGAAGAGAAGGGGAAUUUGGGCGGGUAGGGGAUUAUAAUUUAUUUAAAAGGCGGGGUGGGGAGAGGCCAUGGCUGUCCCAGCCAAGAAGAGGAAGAUGAACUUCUCUGAGCGAGAGGUGGAGAUCAUCGUGGAGGAGUUGGAAUUGAAGAAGCACCUGCUGGUGAACCACUUCAACGCCGGGGUCCCUCUGGCUGCCAAGAGCGCAGCGUGGCAUGGCAUCCUGAGAAGGGUCAAUGCCGUGGCCACCUGCCGCAGGGAGCUGCCCGAGGUCAAGAAAAAGUGGUCUGAUCUCAAGACCGAGGUCCGUCGCAAGGUUGCCCAGGUCCGGGCGGCUGUGGAGGGUGGUGAGGCCCCAGGGCCCACUGAGGACGACGGAGCCGGUGGGCCUGGGACAGGUGGUGGCAGUGGCGGUGGUGGCCCAGCUGGCCCCGUACUGCUCACCCCCAUGCAACAACGCAUCUGCAACCUCCUGGGCGAGGCCACCAUCAUCAGCCUGCCCAGUACCACAGAGAUCCACCCCGUGGCCCUUGGACCCACAGCCACUGCAGCCGCAGCCACAGUCACCCUGACACAGAUCCCGGCAGAGACCACCUACCACACGCUGGAGGAGGGAGUGGUGGAGUACUGCACGGCUGAGGCGCCCCCGCCCCUGCCACCCGGCCCCGUGGAGGUGAUGGCCCCGCACGCUGACGCCUCGGUCAAGCCACAGGCGCUCAAGAGCCGCAUAGCCCUCAACUCCGCCAAGCUGAUCCAGGAGCAGCGGGUCACCAACCUGCACGUGAAGGAGAUCGCCCAGCACCUGGAGCAGCAGAACGACCUGCUGCAGAUGAUCCGCCGCUCCCAGGAGGUCCAGGCCUGCGCCCAGGAGCGCCAGGCUCAGGCCAUGGAGGGCACCCAGGCGGCCCUGAGCGUCCUCAUCCAGGUCCUCCGGCCCAUGAUCAAAGAUUUCCGCCGCUACUGCAAAGCAACUGCCCACCCUGCCACUGCCUCUGACCCUGGACAGGUGGCCCAGAACGGGCAGCCUGACGGCGUCAUCCAGUGAGGGCCGGGGUCCAGCCAGCCUUCCACCGGGAGUGGAUGACACGCCGUGGUCUCGCAAGUGGGUCGUGUGGGUGGCCUCAGGCUGGGACCCGCCCCGUGGACAGCUCCAAUGCGAUAGACAUUUAGGGGUCCACUGUUUCUGAGGCUGGAAGGAGACUGGGCAGAAGAAUGGGUUGGGUUCCUAGGACUCAAACUCUCUUACCCCUGCCCCUUGAACUGUCCUGCGAAGAGCCUGAAGAUUGGCUAGGUGGGUGGGGGUCGGGCGGCUGGUGAUGGGACCCAAGUUGGCAUGCGCCAGGGCCUGUGACGUGACCCAGACUCAGACCAGGACCACUGCAAGGAACGGUCUCUCCCUAGCGGGGGGUGGGGAGGGAUGGGGUCUCACAGCCGGGCGUCUGCGCUGAAACACCCCCUCCGUCGAGGUGCCAUCUUCCGGAGUAAGCUAAUGUCAGUAGUGCUGGCGGUAGCACCAUAAUAUCUCCUUCCUCCCUCGGGAGGCAGACCGCCGUGUGGGCCUGAGGAGGAAACCCCACCCUUUCCUCCUUGUCACUGUGCCUCAGUUCUCAGGGGACUCUAGUUAGCGCCAUGCUCUCCACCCACCCAGCGCGCCUGGGCACAGCAGGGGCCCCUGCAUGACACCCAGGCUGCGGCCCAUCAGGAAUGCUGGCUGUGGUGGGGACAGCUUGGCCGCCGUCUGGUCUUCCACUGCGACCCCGGGCAGCCCUUUGGUGGUCUGUCCCAACGGCUUUUGACUCAGGUCAAGCAUCAGGCUUUGGGUGCUGUCAAUUUUCUUUGCUGUCCCACAGCAGCGGCUCUGAGGCGACCUGUGGGCUCCUUCCAGAAGGCUUGCUUCAAGCCAGUGGUAUUUAUUCGGUGCAUGAACCUGCUCUGGGAAGGCCUCCAGGACUUCGGAGGGCCGCUCUGGCCACGCCCUUCCUCCUUUCUGCUCUGCUGCCUGGGUGUUUCCCAAACUCAGCGCAGAGAAACACCUGCUCAGCAUCCUCCCCCGCGACUCCCUUCUCACCGUGUUCGGCGCCUCGUGUUUGUGUUCUCGGGAGACCUCCACCCACUAGUUGGAGGAAGCUGAAGGCCUGGUUGGCCCUGAUGGGUGCGGUGAGGGAGUUGGAGACCUACGAAGUGGGACCUUGGACUUUUGUGCUUGGGGAACAGCAGACCAGUCUUGGGGUGCUGACAGAGGUGGUGUUCCCUGUUCUGUCUUGACACUUUCCCCCCAUUUGUAGAGACUUUACCCAAGUGGCAUUUGUCUGUUUUGUUUGCAGAGCAGCCACAGUCCCCAAUCAUUUCCUGCUUGCCUUUUCUUUUUCCUUUUUUUUCUUUUUUCCUUUUCCUUUUUCUUUUUUUUUUUUUUUUUUUUUUUUUGGCUUUUUAGGGCCGCACCUGCGCAUAUGGAGGUUCCCAGGCUUGGGGACUAAUUGGAGCUGCAGCUGCCGGCCUACGCCAGAGCCCCAGCCACACGGGAUCCAAGCUGUGUCUGCAACCUACACCACAGCUCACGGCAACGCCGGAUCCUUAACCCAGUGAGCGAGGCCAGGGAUCGAACCUGCAACCUCAUGGUUCCUAGUUGGAUUCAUUUCUGCCGCGCCAUGAUGGGAACUCAUCCCGCUUGCCAUUUUGCUGCCAAGGCCUUGGCCUCCCGUGACCGAUGGUUACAACUCAAGGCUCCAGAGCUCAGCUAAACCACGAGGUACUGCCCUUCUGGGCACGUUUAGAAUCGCCCACCUCCGCUCUUGCAUUUAUGGGACGAUGCCCCCAAAGACAGUUGGGUGGUGACUGCCAUACUACAACCUCUCCGUGGGGAGCCGAGGGCAGUGCCAGCUGCAGAGCAUUGGAGAGGAAUCAGACUGGUAAGGGAGCCGGGUGGCAGAAGGAAAGCUCUCAGCGUGGCUGGGAAGCGGCAGCCUGGGCGCCCUCCCUCCGUGGAGCCUGGUGGCCCCAGCAGGGUGGCUUCGGGGACUUCCUGAGGGUUUGUACCUUGGUUUGGUUUUUCUCCGGGGUUGGCAAUCUGAGCCAAUGUUGUGUCUGUUCCAAUUGCGUGUAACGAGGAAGUUUGGAUCAUUUCAACGGACUGGUUCUUUCCAGGUCAUAAUUUUAAAUUAAAGAAAUAUCACGUUUUUAAGUAUACAUGUCUGUGUCUGCAUUGGUUAUAUGGAGAAGAGAUACCAGCUGGCAGAGAGCAAGGGCUGGCAAAGCUGCCCCCCCACCUGUCUUUGUAAAGUUUUAUUGGAACCCAGCCAUACCCCUUCAUUUACCUAAUGUCUGGCUUGUUUUUCUGCUACAAUAGCAGAGUUGAGUAGUUGUGACAGAGACCUCUGUCCCACAAGCCAAAGUAUUUACUCCCUGGCCCCUUCCAGAAAAGUCUGCCUCUCCCUGGUUCAGAGCAGUGUUUCAGACUCUGGGUGAGAAUUACUUGGGGUUUUUGUUAAAUAUAACCAGUCCCUGGCCUUACCCAAAACCUAGAAGAGACUCCUGACUCUGAGAAUAUGUGUUGUAAACAAGUUCUCUGAGUGACUCUGAUUAUUUUCUUUUUCCUUUCCUUUUUUUUUUUGAUUUUUAGGGCUGCGCCUGCAGGAUAUGGAAGUUCCCAGCCUAGGAGUGGAAUCAGAGCUAACAGCUGCCGGCCUGUACCACAGCAGGCCACAGCAAUGCCAGAUCAGAACAGUUUCUAUGACCUACACUGCUGCUCAUGGUAACGCUGGAUCCUCAACCCACUGAAUGAGUCCAGGGAUCGAACCCACAUCCUCAUGGAUACUAGUCAGGUUCAUUACUACUGAGCCAACAUAGGAACUCCGACUCUGAUAUUUUCUGAAGGUUAAGGAUGUUGGAUCAGACACUGGAAGACUUCCACUCAGCUGGCAUCAGGAUAAUGCCCCAGGAAGGGCUGGUUCUCAGGCAUGUCUGCUCAAUAGUUGAGAAGUCCUGCCAAGCAGAGAUUCUCACUUGAAACGGGUCUUCAUUCAGGAGGGAGCCCAACCUUUCUGGAUACAGUUAUCACUCUCUCUAGUAUUCAGUAAUAAUAAAAACUGAUCCUUAUCGAGCCCAUACUCUGUCCAGGUCUUAGAAGCAUGGCCUUAUUGACUUCUUGCCACAGCCCCAUGAAUUAGGUACUGAUGCUGUUCUCAGUUUAUAGAGGAGGCCACUGAGGGUCAGAGAGGUUAAACAAGUUGCCCUAAGUCACACAGCUGCCUUAUACUCUGGGGUGGCCUAUACUCUCUCUUUUUUUUUUCUAAAUCCUUUUAGGGCCGCACCCAUGGCAUAUGAAGGUUCCCAGGCUAGGGGUUGAAUUGGAGCUGUAACCGCCCGCCUAUGCCGCAGCCACAGCAACACGAGAUCCAUGCCGUGUCUGUAAUCGACACCACAGCUCACGGCAACGCCGGAGCCUUAACCCACUGAGCAAGCCCAGGGAUCGUGCCCACAUCCUCAGUGAUGCUAGUCAGGUUUGUUAACCACGGAGCCACAAAGGGAACUCCUGGCCUAUACGUGUUGAACUGCUGUUCUUAACUCUUAACUACUCUGACCUUGCUGCCUGUGAGGUGUAAGAGGACUUAGAGAUCAUUUGAGCCUGAUCUUGAGCUUCGAGUUCAAACAAGGAGACCCAGGAGGCAGCCUGUGUUCUGCUUCUUCUUGGCACGUGGAGGGAAACACAGUGACCUCUCUGUAAGCUUUGGACUUAUUUAUAUAGAGAGAAAGGGUGGUUUAGCAGAAUUAAAUCUCUUGGUGCAAAAACAGUCACUUAAAUGGGAGGGAUUUGUUUGAAAUCCUUCCUGAAAGGUAGAGUUUUAUGUAAGUGAAAUCCUCCAAGCUGCUUACACAUACUACUUCAAGUGAUGAAACACUACAUGUUAAACCAUUUUGGUGGAAGUCUUUCAAAAACAUUCCCUUUGUGAGCUGGAUGUUACGCAGCUGUUUUUUGUUGGUUUUUAUGGCUGCAUGCGUGGCACACGGAAGUUCCCAGACCAGGGAUCAAAUCUAACGGAUACCGCGCUCACCUAGGGAUCAAACCCACAUCUCUGCAGUGACCCAAGCGCUGAGUCGGAUUCUUUUUUUGUUUUGUCUUUUUAGGACUGCACCUGUGGCGUAUGGAGGUUCCCAGGCUAGGGGUUAAAUCGGAGCUACAGCCUCAAGCACAGCCACUCAGGAUCCAAGCCAAGUCUUCAACCUACACCACAGCUCAUGGCAAUGCGGGAUCCCCAACUCACUGAGUGAGGUCAGGGAUCGAACCUACAUCCUCAUGGAUACUAGUCAGGUUUGUUAACUUCUGAGCCACAAUGGGAACUUCUGCAGUUGGAUUCUUGAUCUAUUGCACCACAGUGGGAGCUCCCCCAGCUGUUUCUUAUUCAAUAGAGUUUGCACAGCAGUGGUUCCCUGAGGGAAGCCCCUGGGCUCAGGCCAGGGUGUGAGAUUGGCUCCACCCCUUACUCAUGGUCUCACUUCAGUUUUCUGGGCUUCAGUUUUCUCAAUUCUUUUUUGUUGUUCUUGAUUUGUUUUGUUUUUGCUUGUUAGGGCCACACCCAAAGCAUAUGGAGGUUCCCAGGCUAGGGGGCUAAUCGGAGCUACAGCUGUCGGCCUACACCACAGCCACAGCAACGCAGGAUCCCAGCUGCACAGCUCAUGGCAAUGCCGGAUCCUUAACCCACUGAGCGAGGCCAGGGAUCAAACCCGCAACCUCAUGGUUCCUGGCCGGAUUCGUUUCCACUGUGCAACGACGGGAACUCCAAGUUUUCUCAGUUCUGACGGGGGAGAGCAGGGAGGAAGCGGGACGGCAGGGAGUUUGGGGUUGGUAGAUUUCAAACGAAUACAUUUAGAAUGGAAAAGCUAUGAGGUCGUAUCGUACAGCACAGGGAACUAUAUCCAAUCUUUUGGGAUAGAACAUGAUGGAAGAUAACAUGAGAAAAAGAAUGUAUAUAUAGGAGUUCUAAUUGUGGCUCAGUGGUAAUGAAUCCGACUAGCAUCCAUGAGGACACGGGUUCAAUCCCUGGCCUCAUUCAGUAGGUUAAGGAUCUGGCAUUGCCAUGAGCUGGGGUGUAGGUCGCAGAUGUGGCUCAGAUCUGGUGUUGCUGUGGCUGCGGCCUAGGCUGGCAGCUAUAGCUCCAAUUUGACCCUAGCCUGGGAAACUCCAUAUGCCAUGCAUGUGGCCCUAAAAAGACAAAAAAGACAAAAAAAAAAAAAAAAAAAAGAA